ACGAUGCAUCCAAAUCUGCAAGAGCUUGCCGUUAUACUUUUCAUACGUCAUACCGGGGAUAUUCAAAUAAGAAGUACACGUGUUGGUGGCAUUAUCAUAUACUGGAUCUUGUGCCUCUUUGAGCGGAUCCGCUGUACUCAAGUUGGAAUUGAGCAUGUUGUGUGUGAAUAUGUGUAUAAGGUAUAUUCCAGACUCACACACCAGACCUUCACCGAUGUUUGUCUCGAAAUUGAGUGUUAAUACGAAGUCUGAGCCAUUACACGUCUCAAUUGUGUCAAUUUUAGAAAUAAAGCCAGAGUGGGGACACGAAGAUGCAACCAUUAGAAGAACGCAAAGCUGGAAAGAGAUGCGAAAUGGGGAGAACUUGGUCGUCCACCCAAAUGAGUGUAGACUGGGGAAUGGCCUUGGGGGUGAGACUGAGGAGAAGUGAGAUCGAGACACAGAAGAGGGUACAUCACUCAUUCCCGUUUAUUUCUGGAGUAGUGGAUUGAUGACGUUACAGUAUUACAAUUUGGCAUUUGCAAAUUGCUCUGGGAAUCCCCUCUCCGUAUUUUCCGUAAAAUAGAUGGAAAAUACGGAAAAUCUAAAGCAAAAAGUCACGUGAAGACAUGUGACAAACUGACAAUAACAUGGAGGAUGAGGAUGAGGUUUUAGUAGUUAAGUAUUCACACCACUGGAAGAAAAGACAGGCCUUGAUUGACGAGAUAAUUGCUCACGAUGUUGAAACCGGAGACGAAGAAUUUGACGAUGAAUAUUCUGACCUACACAGCAGCUUUGUCACAAAAGCCUCAGAACUGAGAGAACUACAGGAAAGAUGCGGCGAAUGGAAGAAGGGGAGAUGGUCGAAACAAGAGUACGAUAUACUAAAGACUAAUCUGAAAUCAUAUAUGAAGGAGUUCAAUAUCACUGAUAUUAAUAUACUUCUUGAUAACGCUGACAAGAAUAUCGAGUUUUACAGAAAAAUAGCCUGUAACAUCAAGAGGCCAUUGUUUGUAGUGUACAGAAAGUUAUUGAGAUUCUUCACUGAAGAGAAUUACAUCGGCAUUUGGACUAGAGAAAUGAAUGACAGAUUAGUUGAGUUGCAUGCUUUACAUGGAAACGAUUGGAAUACAAUUGGACGGAUUAUGGGCAUCGGGUGGGCCACUUGCUACGACCAUUUUAGAACUGUUAAUAUUAAUAAAAAAUACACUGAAGGUCCAUGGUCAAGCGAAGAAGUUGACAAGUUAUGUCAAGUGAUGGUUAGAGAGCAUGGGAUUGAAGACUGUCAGUUACCAUCUAAUGUCACUUGGGAAAUGAUUUCAAGGGCUGUAGUAACUAGGAGUGCCAUGCAGUGUCGUUUUAAAUGGGUGAUGCUCUUAUCUUGGAAGUUAAAGGGAGGAGAAGAAAAAUGGACGACGUCUGAUGAUUUGAGGCUAAUAGAGUGUUUGAACGAAGACGAGGAACUUGAGGACGAAGAAGACAUUGACUGGGAGAGACUAGCAGCUGCUUGGCCUAGUGCCAGAUCAAAGUAUUUUUUAAGGCAAAAGUGGGCAAGUUUGAAACGAACCGUUCCUUUUAACAGUUCAAAGAUUUUUAGAGGCAA